AACCAAACCCAGAAGCUAGAUUCUCCAGUCCCCACCCCAAUAUACUCCUCCAUUUCCACUUAUAUUCCAUUACAUAAGCUUUCUACAUUCACGUUGGAUUUUGUCAUCAGUUUCCUUCUACUUAACACAUUUAGAGUCAGUAGCAAGAACUGAGGAAGGACAUGUUAGGAAACUCCACCCUUGUCACACCAAAAUCCUCACUUGGUUUCAAAAUAUCACACCCAAACCAUGAAAAUGAUCAGGGAAUAUGGCCUUCAAAGUCUUGUAUUAGAUUCAGAAGAACCCAAUUUAAGACCAUUAUCACACUAUCUGAUGCCACUGCAACUGAAAGUACAGUAGCUGGUUCUGAGAGGACAAUGAAAUCAUCAUCAUCAUUAUUGUCAGCCAUAACUGGCACUGCUACUACUACUACUACUACUACAUUGUACCAAUUGCUACGUGUGAAACAAACUGCUUCACAAGCUGAGAUCAAAGCUGCAUACCGUGGUUUGGCAAAGCAGUACCACCCAGACGCUAUGAGUUACUCCAAUCCCAAUGGCCAAGACUUCAUAGAGAUUCACAAGGCGUAUGCAACACUUUCUAACCCCAUUGCCAGGGCUCGCUACGAUUUGUCAAUUGGUGUCACUACUACUACUGCUGCACGUCGAGGAUAUAGGUACACAGCAGCAGGAUUCCCAACUCCCACAAGGAGGUGGGAAACCGAUCAGUGCUGGUAGAACCUGCAAAGAACAAGUUGAGGGUUGCACGGCUAAGGCAAAUUAAGGUCUAGAGCAAUGAGUCAUUUCCUUUUUUUUUCUUUUUUUUCUUUUUUUUCAAUUUCCUCCGGAUCAUUGUUUUUCAAGUUCAGCAAUCAAAGCUGACAGACAAUCCAAAUGCCAGAAUGUAUCACUACUAAAAAUCAGCAGCUGGGUUUCUCUCAAUCAUUUUCCACAAUUCAUGAGACCUAAAACUUUAAUUUUUUUUCUUCCAAGUUUGUGCAUAGACACGAUGGAACACGGGAUAUAUCCCCUUUUCUAGGCUUCACUACAAUUAAUAAUAAAAGAAAGCACACACUCUUAAAACAGCUAUUUGAACUUGAUGACUCU